AUAAUUACUACAGUAUUCAUUUCUUCGUGAUACAGUAUUUCAAGUUUAUUCGGAUAGAGACGAUAGCUUUCUCUUUAAAGAAAUUAUAAAAAAUUUAACUUUACAAAAGAUGUUUAAACACAUAGUGCGAUCUGUUAUACAAAAUGCUCCUCGAAUGAGCAAUCGUUCUUAUUCAAUUUAUGGUCCUACAAAUUAUAAACCACGAUCAAUGGAUGACCUACCAGUUCCACAAGGCUCAUGGCAAAAAGAUUAUGAUAAAAAGCAGACAUCUUACAAUAUGCAAUUAGCUGCUUGCCUUGCUUUUACUGUAGUUACUUUAAUUGUGGCCAAAACAUCAGGAUUGGUUUAUCUUAAUUGGUAUCCUCCUACUCCCAAGGAAAAAAAGGAAUAAUGUAAAAAAUAUUAAUAAUAGUUAAUUGUAGAAAAAUUAACAUGCUAUGAACAUCAAAUAUUGUUGUUCUUUUCUAUAUAUAAUAUUUAAUUUGUAAUAGAACUAUUAUUAUAUACAAGUUCAAAAAUGUCUGUGUAAAUUUAUUGACAUUUAAUUUAAAUAAAAAACCAAUAAUUUAUAUGAUGAAAAA